CAGCCUGUGCUGCUCUCCUCCCUUUUACAACACCACACUUGGCAACUCAGUCCAGCGCUGUGUCAUUGUCGAUCUGCGCAUGUGAAAGUACUCGGUACCGAUCCACCCGCAGAACACCCACACGCUAUUUUAACGGCCGCAAUUGUCUUCAUCCCAACCCUCUCUCCGGACCACCAUGUUUCACUCGUCGAAGCCAUACACCGCCGUGACGGUGCAGAUUGAGGUACUCACCAGUGAACAAUACGAUGUCGAAGACUCGAGUGGAAUUGUCGAUCUCAUUGAAGCCAUCCGCAUACAAGCCAGUGGACCGCGGGAAGCCAGUCGCGCGCUGCGCAAGAAGCUCAAAUAUGGCAAUCUGCACCGCCAACUCCGCGCCCUCACGAUCCUCGACUUCUUGAUCCAGAACACGGGCGACCGCUUCUUGCGGGAAUUUGCCGAUGAGCCAUUGCUGGAACGAUUGCGCAUUGCCGCGACCGAUCCGGUCUCCGACCCCAUGGUCAAAGAGAAGUGCAAGCAACUGUUCGGACAAUGGGCAGCCUCGUACAAGGAUACCCCCGGCAUGGAACGAGUAACAGCGCUCUAUCGCCAGCUGCCCAAGAGAAAACAACCGGCUACCCAGGCCAAGGCCAAGGUCCUGCGAGACUCGGGCACCUCCGAUGAACCGGUCAUGGGGCAUACCGUCUCCGUGUCAGCCGGGAACGGGCCCGCGACGGUCCUCAGUGGGCCCAAACAUAAACACACAUCCAGCCGCUCCUCGCGCAAGGAGAAAAGAGAGAAGAGGACGCUCAGCCGCUCCUUCAGCCUGGACAAGGAGAAGCCGGAGCUCCUGCAGACGUUGGCGUCCGCCUCGGUCGCCAGCACAAACCUCCUCAACGCGCUCAAACUAGUCAACCGCGAGACGCACCGGGUCAGCGAAGAUGCAGAGGUCCUCAACCGGUUUGAGACCUGCAAGACGCUCCGGCGCCAAAUCCUGCGGUACAUCCAGCACGUCGAGAGCGGAGAGUACUUGGGCAGUCUGAUCCACGCGAACGAGGAGCUCGUGACGGCCCUCAUGGCGUUCGAGGUCCUGGACAAGAGCGUCGACUACGACAGUGACAGUGACCAGGAUGUGCUCGAGAGCGGCUGGACCCCGGACCGCGACGAGCUCCCGGAGUCCUUCGCCGGAUUGACCGUCAACCCGCCCAAGCCUCCGCGUCCGCCGCGACCGCUCAGCCUGUCAGUCCCGUCAUCCUCGUCCAGACGUAAGAUCUCCAGCGACACCGAAUCCGACACCGAUGAAGAUGACGACGAUGAGAACAAUCCGUUUGGGGAUCGGAACGAGAUCCGCACCCCUAGUUACGAGAGAAGUGAACCCACCUGGAAGGAAGUUUGAAUUCUCCAUAUAUGAUCAUGCAAGGGUGUAUGUGUUUGUUUGUUUCUGAAAGAUCGGACGGCGUUUGCCUUUUCUUUUUCCUUUC